CUAUUGGUCGGCGGGAUGGCGAGGGGCGGGCGGGAUUGGUGGCUGGGUCUCGGGGGCGGGCGUGAUGGACAGGGAGGCAAACCCAAAGUUUCUGGAGCUGAGCUCAGCACAGCCAUGGCCCAGGAGACCAACCAGACGCAGGUACCCCUGCUAUGCACCACAGGCUGUGGCUUCUAUGGAAACCCUCGAACCAACGGCAUGUGCUCGGUCUGCUAUAAGGAUUUCCUCCAGCGGCAGCAGAGUAGUGGGAGAGUAAGUCCCCCAGUAGCCAGCAGCCCCAGUCCUGCUGCUCUGGAGACUUUCCCUGCAGCACGUGCAGAGGAGGCAGAUGCUACACCUGAUGAUGUCUUAGCCAGAUCGAGCGCUCAGACUCCUGUGACCCGCCAGAUGACAGCUAUGAGCAUAUCAAAGGACGACAUCCACAGCCAGACAGGCAACUGUGUCCAGGCAGACGAGGCGCUCUCCCCGACUCCCUCAGCAGGUUCUCUUCUCGAGACGUCUCAGAGCUCCUCUGAGGAAGAGAAGUCAUCUGAGAAACCCAAACCGAAAAAGAACCGCUGCUUUGCUUGUCGGAAAAAAGUGGGUCUGACAGGCUUUGACUGCCGCUGUGGAAAUCUGUUUUGUGCCGUGCACCGAUACUCAGAAAAGCACAGUUGUCCCUUUGACUACAAGGCUGAGGCCGCUGAGAAGAUCCGCAAGGAGAACCCCAUCAUUGUGGCCGAGAAGAUUCGGAAGUUGUGAAGCGUGGCAUCCCUGAGGGGCAUGGUCAUCCAUGCCAUUUAAGAGGUCCUUGACUCCUCACCCUGAAGCCAGGCCUCUCCCUCCAGACGGGGGAAUCUGGCUGAAUCUGCUCUGAAGCCAUCUCUGGGGUUUGGGUAUUCCCCAAGAUAAAGAACUCUGCAGCUCGAAAGCCCUUAGACUUGUUUGUGUCCUCUCCCUCCCUGGCUCCAGGGAAGAUAGUGGGACCAGUUCCCCUCAUGUCUCAGCAGGAAGCUUUGCCCUCAUUUCUGUAUCUCCUCCCUUCCCUUGCCAUUUCCCAGGAUGUCCUAGCACCCCCAGCAAAGCGGGGUCUUACUUUCCGAUGGUCAAGAGUGUCCCCUCUCAACUCUGAUCUUCCUACCGACCACAGGAGCUGUUUGUGACCCAGUCAUAAGAGAUGCAUUGAAGAGGGCCCCUUCCCUUCCCCUGCCACUGUCCCCACCGUCCUUCUUCCUGGCACAUGCACUCACUUUGCUACCUAUGUCUGCCUUACUGUGCAUUCCUGGCUCUCAGGUUUGCAUAUCCCGCUCAGACCAGCACCCUGUCUCCCCUUGCAGGGAAAAAUCUCAGAGGAACCUUAGCUUUGUGUUAAGGUAUUGCUGAUAGUUAGCAAGCCUGGGUGAAGGGCAGAACCAGAUUGGUGCUCUGAUUCAAUACCUCCCUCCACCUUGCUCUUGUAGGCACCCACUCCUUCAAGCCUGUGUGCCUGUGUCCCUGCCCAUGUCCAGCUGACUCACUUUGCUUUUUCCAUGUACUGAGCGUUGGCCCCCUGAUCCAUCGGGUACACAACCACCUGUCCUCAGGUCACAUGGCAUCUUGAGUGGAUCUUUAGGGGGUGGGAUGGAGUGUGAUUGACUUUGGUGUUGCCUCUUUCUUCUUGGGAAAUCUUUGUGGGGAUACAGACCUGACAAGCAAAUCAGCUUGGUUCAGAGGCAAGGAGUGGUGCCCUGUAAUGCUGUGAAGGAGAAAGGGCCCUGCAGCCAAUUAGGAGAAAGCCCUGCUAGGGCGAAGGAAAUGACUAGAUGACUCCUUUGGAGUCCAGGACACCCAGCACCUUAAAAUAGCUGCCUGAACCUCUCUGAGAGGCAGCAGAACAGUAAGUGUCUGGCAGCCCAAUUGGAUUCUGAAUCUAGUCUCUGCACCUUCCCCUCCCCAGGGAGUUGAGCCAGAUCUGCACUGGGGUCUUGGCUCAAGAUAGCCCUCCAGGCCCUUCCCAGAGGCCAGUGGGCAGUACCAGGGUGCCAUCUCAGGACUCCCACAGCUGCCAUGGCUGUUCUGGACUCAGUGAGUGCUGCUGAUUUCCUCUGUCUUCUCAAGCACAUAGUCCCGUUUGCCUCGAGCCCAUCAACAUGUCCUCCCAGUUUUCUGUUUUAACUUUUACAGACAGAUUUGGCAGGAGCACAGCCACAGCCCAUUCACCCCCUCAGGAUUAGAUUCUGCCCCACCCCCCAUGUCUGCUGACCCGCCACCUCUUGACCAUGCAGACCCUUUGUAGCCCCAGGGACUAAAUGGUGGGCUGUGUGGCUUCCGGCCUGCUGCCCCUCCCUCCUGCUGACCCAGUUUGAUCUUAUUUUUCUUUUCCCCGUCCCCCAGCAUCGUGCCCCGCCUGUGUAAAUAUUAAUAUAUUCCAUUUGUCUCCA